AUGUAUUUUCUCAUCUUCCUAAGCCUCGCUACCGCUGCCAUUGCCACAGUAGCUGAUUCGCGGUUCAUUCUCUACUAUGAUCAAUGGCAUACCAAGAAACUCCCUACCAAGUCCCUCACGGCUGGAGUAACGCAUGUCAUGAUGUCCUUUGCCAACUCGUCGCUGUUUGUGUCUCAGCCUCAAGGAGAGUACAGGCCUUUCCAACCGGUCGAAGAUGUUCGAGCUCUCUUUGACAGUAACGUUCAAGUUUGUAUGGCCAUUGGUGGGUGGGGCGAUACCAUUGGCUUCAGCGAGGCUGCCAAGUCCGACAAGACCCGCAAGAACUUUGCCAAGAACAUUGCUUCCACUGUUGACAUGCUGGGCUUUGAUUGUGUUGAUAUUGAUUGGGAAUACCCUGGCGGUAACGGCGAUGACUACAAGUCCAUUCCAAAUAAGAAGAAGGAAUACGAGAUCCAAUCUUUCCCGCGCCUUCUCGGAGAAGUAAAAAAGGCCAUCGGAGAUAAAGAACUUUCUAUCGCGGUCCCGGGCCACAGCCGUGAUAUGAUUGCGUACACCUCGAAUCAAGUUCCUGAGAUUAACCGUGCUGUCGACUUUGUCAACGUAGGUCCAACCAAAAUGCAUAUCAUAAGAAUCAAACGAAAGGAAAAGUUACUGACACUAUGA